UUGUGCUGUUUAACUGGUUCUUUAUUCUAUGGUUUAACGGGUUUAACUUGUCUAACUAUCAUGAAAAGGCCAUUGCGCAGCGCAUAGUCACAACUAAAUUUAUUUCCCAUUUACAUUUGAAGGAGCGUUCACUUGAUAGAAACGAAACCAACUGCAGGAAUGUUCGCGCGGUAAUCACAAUAGUUGAGGGUUCAUUAUUCUGUGGAAACCAGAGCACGCAGCUGGCGCUAAAGAAGCGCUACGUUUUCUCUUCGGAGCCACGUAAAAUUUUGCCUACUGUGGAAAGAUGACUCCCAGCUGCCACGUUCGUAAAGUUGUCUACCCACGAAUAUUUUUAUUCGGGGACUCACUGACGCAGCGGUCCUUCUCUGAAGAAGGUUGCUGGGGGUCUCUCGUAGCCGAAGCAUUUGAAAGACGGUGCGAUGUUGUGGUGCGAGGUUUCUCUGGCUACAACACACGCAUGUGCAAGUAUGUCCUGCCCAGGAUUUUUGGUCCAGAGGAUGCAGGAAGUGUAGCCGCAUUUGUCAUAUUCCUUGGCGCAAAUGACUGUAGCGAACCUUCAGACCCUGGGAAGCAGAACGUGACUUUGCAGGAGUACGUCUCCAAUCUGGAAGAAAUGCUGCACCAUCUCAAGGUUUGUGGUGUACCCAUGAACAAAGUCAUCCUCGUGACACCUCCUCCAUACUGUGACGAAAAGUGGGUGGCUUGGUGCAAGGAAACCGGCAGGGAUCUCGCAAGGCGCAAUCUAGAGACCAUCUCCAGAUAUGUGGACGCAGUUUCCAAACUCGGUGAGGAGCAGCACGUUGCUGUCGUCAACAUCUUUGUUGCAUUCCAACAAGAACAGAACUGGCAGAGGUUGCUGCUAGAUGGCCUGCACCUGUCAAAGCCUGGCUCACAGAAGCUUGCAAAAUGUCUGGUGCCUUUUCUAGACCAGGCUGUUGGUCCUGUUCCUGCAAUAUUUCCCGAUUGGAAGUGCAUAGACCUUGCAGAUCCCGAGAGUAGCAUAGCUUCCUGGGUUCCAGACAGAUGAAUUCUGUGGUUUACAAUUGAAUUCCAACUAGGCGACCUAACCUCAGAUUCUGCAGAACAUUUCCAAAUGUUUUUGUUGCUUUUUAAUAUUACUGCUUGAAUUAAAAUGUUACUUGUUUACCUCA